AUGGACGAGCUACGGCCACAAGAUUUGUCGUCGCUGGCAGAGUCUCCGCACGAGGAACUCUCGCACGUCGAGGGAGCUGAAGUUUCGAUCUGCACACUACAGAGAGAGAGAGAAAUGGCAGAAUCUUGGGUUUCUUCAUCAAUCCAAGAAAACCCAAAUGAGGAGGAAACAAAUGAGUCAUUGGAAUCAAUCUUUUCUUCUUCUACGUUCAACCGACAAGUGGAGAGGGAAGAAGGAGAAUUGCCCAAGCUAAGGAGCUUAUCGUCGAGCGGCAGCAGGAAGAAGAAGAAGAAGAAUCAGGUUUUGCUUGAAGGGUAUGUUGAUUCGGCUGAUGAGGACGAUCUGUCGAGGACCAAGAGCUUAACGGAUGAGGAUCUCGAUGAGCUCAAAGGGUGCUUGGAUUUGGGAUUUGGGUUCAGCUAUGAAGAAAUUCCCGAGCUCUGUAACACCUUGCUUGCUCUUGAGCUUUGUUACUCUAUGAGCCAGAGGUUCAUGGACAAGUCGCCGGAGACCUCUCCUGCUGCACUGGAUUCCUGCUCUUCUGUGUCCAGUCCGAUUGCCAAUUGGAAGAUCUCCAGUCCUGGUGACCAUCCAGAGGUUGUGAAGGUGAGGCUCAAAUACUGGGCACAGGUUGUGGCGUGCACAGUUAGAUUGUGCAGCUAG